UUUGAAUGAGCACAACUCCCUCGAGCAACACCUCCCCUCGUGUUCGCAGUGCCUUCAGUCGGGUUGAAUUUGAGGUCUUCGGCAAAGUUCAAGGGGUCUUCUUCCGGCGAGAUGCGGCUCUCGAGGCUGAGAGGCUUGGACUCCACGGAUGGUGUAUGAAUACUCCUGCUGGCACCGUAGAUGGAUGCAUCGAGGGACCUGCUAAGAUCGUCGACGAGAUGGUUUACUGGCUUGGAAAUGUCGGAAGCAAACGGUCCCGAAUAGCCCGCUUGGAGAUUAAGAACAGGAGGGAGAUCUCAAUGGACGAUAGGCAGUUCACCUCCUUUCUGGUACGCCACUGACACAUUUUCAAGUCUGGUGAGCUUUCAAAAUAUCACAAUAAUUUCCC